UCGACGCGCAGUGUGUGAGGAGUGAGGAGUUAGCCAGGUGUGAUAAUAAUUGAGCAGAAGCGACAUUCUUGUAAACAAUCAUUUUACCAUUGGAUUUCACUUUAAUAUAACAGCCACAAUAUCAAUAACAUUCCUAUCACACCACGUGAACUGAAGUUCUUCAACUUAAGUGCUUUAUAAUUUAACCGGAUCGCCAGUUGAAGUUUGAUUUUGGAACAACUACCUCAAGAAAAAAUUAAUUGCUUAGAAAUGGCUGUGAGAUCCAAUUCAGGUUCUUCUCUGACACAUAAAAUGAAUAGAAAUAAUAGUCUUACACUUGGUGCCCAAGUUACAUUACAACAUAAUCACUUGGUUGGGGAUUUCUUUGGGGAAUCCUUGCUCUCCAUGGAUGAUUCAGUACUGAAUGGAAUAAAUCUUGAAGAACAAUUUGAACGUCAUCAAAGUGCCCUCAGUAGUGUGAUAAAUGAUGAUGUUGAUUAUCAAAAUAACAACGGUAUCAACAAUGUUGAAACAACGCAAGAACACAAUUACACUAAGACUGUAGAUAAUUAUCGAACAGAAGAUAAAUUUGAUUCCAUAUCAUCAACACUGGUUCGUAAAGCUGUGGAAGCGUAUGAUGAACUUGAGGAUAUUUUUGAAACUACAGAAAUUUCUAUACACCAGAAUCAUCCUCUGAAUCAAACUAUUGCUGACUCAGGGUUGGAGAAAUCAGAGUGGGCUGACGACAGCCUGAUAGUUCGAGCUUUUGAUAACUUGGAAUCAUUCGAUUAUACCAAACAAACUGAAACAAAGAUCCACGAACGAUCUCUGUUAGCUCCUGUGAAUCAUCAGUCCUCAAAUUCACCUAAAGUAAAGAAUCUUAUUGUUAAAGAUAAAAAUAUUUCCUAUACUGCUUCAAAAAAUCGACGACGUACUCUGACUCCCAAUAAAGAAAAUAAUUCACACAAGAUACCAAGAACAGAUUUUACUCACUGUGGACAGUUGCCUGAUCAAAAUUCAUUCUACGGGCUUCCAAAAAAAGUAAAGAACAUAAUAGAGAAGGUUAAAGGGAUUACCGAUCUCUAUGAAUGGCAAGAUGAAUGCUUAAAUCUAGCAGCAAUUCAUGAUCGCAGAAAUUUGAUCUAUGCCCUGCCAACAAGCGGAGGGAAAACUUUAGUUGCUGAGCUGUUGAUGCUCAAAGAAGUUGUUGCUAAUAAAAAAAAUGCUAUAUUCGUACUUCCAUUCAUUGCAAUUGUACAAGAAAAAGCUCGUUCGUUGGCACCAUUUGCACUUGAGCUGGAUUUUCUCAUAGAGGAAUAUGCAGCUGGGAACGGAAAGUAUCCACCUCGUAAAAGAAGGAGGAAGAAUACGAUCUAUGUUUGUACAAUUGAGAAAGGAUUGGGUCUCAUCAAUAGCUUGAUAGAGAAGGAACGACUCUCUGAGGUCGGAAUGAUUGUCAUUGAUGAACUACAUUUAUUGGGGGAAGAUGGUGGUAGAGGAGCCAUUCUAGAAAAUCUCUUGGCUAAAGUAAUGUGUUCCAAAAGCAAGCCCCAUAUCAUUGGAAUGAGCGCAACCAUAGGGAAUUUAAAUGAUAUAGCAAGCUUUUUAAAUGCGGAAGUCUACACAAAAGAUUUUAGGCCAGUGGAAUUGAAAGAAUACGUAAAAUGUGAGGACGAUAUUUGGUUAGUCAAUCUCAAAGAGGAAGAAAUUCUAACUGACCUCAAGAAAAUUAAUUAUUCUUAUUCUGAAGAAGCUACGAGACUUGACCCAGAUAAACUCGGGGGAUUGGUCAUGGACAUAGCACCACAAGACUCCUGCCUCAUAUUUUGUCCAACCCGUAAAAAUUGUGAGAAUGUAGCUAUGCUGUUGACCAAAGUUUUGUUUAGAUCUAUACAGGAACACAGAGUGAAAGAAAAAUUCAUUUUGAUGAAAGCACUCUCAGCUGAAGGUAUGAUAUGUGAGGUACUGAGCAAAACAAUACCUUUCGGCGUAGCUUACCAUCAUUCAGGAUUGAUGUCAGAAGAACGACGUUUGCUUGAAGAAGCUUUCCGUUCUGGAAUACUCUGUGUGAUUUGUUGCACCUCAACCCUGGCUGCUGGCGUCAAUUUACCAGCUCGUCGGGUCAUACUGAGGCACCCAUAUAUUGGACAUCAAUUCCUGAACUUAAGCCGAUAUAAACAAAUGAUUGGAAGAGCUGGACGGGCAGGUAUGAAAGAUGUUGGAGAAAGCAUACUGAUUUGUAAAACUAACGAGAUUCCUAAGGUCAAAGAGUUGUUAACUUCUAAAAUGGACGAUUGCAUUAGUACGAUGCAUACUCACGAAGACAGAGGAAUAAAUAACUUUAUCUUGAGUAUGAUUUUACUUAAUAUGGCAACAACUAGGUCAGAUUUGCAUAAAAUUGUCGAAAAGACAUUACUUGGUAUACAACAGAACAAGCUAGACCUUAGUAUAAAAAAAGUAGCGGACAACGCAAUUUCCAGGCUAAUGAAAUCUGGUGUUAUUCGAGUAAAACAAGUCACAGAUUACAGCGAUAUUGCUCCUAAUAUAACUGUUGUUACAACGCAACACAAUCUCAGUACAGCACAGGAAUCACCUCGAACUGGCAAAAGAAUUAUAAAAAUUAAUAGUGAAACCAAAUUGGAAGUAUGUAAACUAGGAAGAGCGGCUAUGAAAGGAUGCGUUGAGUUGAGUCGAGCUCAUUUGCUCUACAAGGAUUUAAAAACUGCCCAAAACCAGCUGGUCCUGCUAGAUUGUCUGCACCUUUUGUAUCUUGUGACUCCAUAUGAUCUUAUCGACCAAGUGAAACCAUCAGGCAAUGUGUACUAUAAUGUGGUGUGUGGCUUAUCUCGUGUACAGAUGGCAACGGCAAGAGUUUUAGGGAUCAAUGAAACGGUAGCGGCCAAGCUGAGAGUUGGGAUGAUUCCAAAGAACAUCGAUCAAAGAGUGGUAACUAGGUUUUAUUUGACCCUAAUGCUCAACGAAUUAUGGAAUCAGCAAUCCAUUCAUUUUGUUUCGACAAAGUAUCAAGUCAAUCGAGGAAUAGUACAGAAUCUAAUGAGCGCCUCUGCCUCUUUUGCAUCAUGCGUCGAACGGUUCUGUGAAGAAUUGGACGAAUUUUGGGCAUUCAGAGAUCUGUUACACAGUUUUGGUAAACGACUGUCACACUGCUGUGCUGCAGAACUUGAACCACUAAUGGAGCUUCCAGCCGUCAAAAUAGGACGAGCACGGCAGUUGUUCAAUGCCGGAUAUAAGACCCUGCAAAUGACAGCACUGGCUGAGCCUAUGGAAAUGUGUGAAAAGAUUGAAAACAUGCCGAUGCGUAUUGCUAUCCAGAUUAUAGCUGCUGCAAAACUAUUAUUAUUGGAAAAAGUGGAGAAUCUGAGGGAUGAGGCAGCUGACGUUUUGGAAGGCAUCGAUCUAUCAAGUUUUCAUUAGUCGUAAGAUUCCAGUACAGUUAUUUUGGCUCGGACGAAGCUAAGGAUAUAACGAUUUUUCUAAGGAUAUAACGAAAAUCACGUAGUGAUUCAAUGACUGUGAUGUGGUAUUCAUAAAAAAAAUUGUUGUUUAAUUUGUUAAUGUACAUAUCAAAAACGUAUCGUACCGUUGAGUACGAAGUGGAUAGCCCGUUAUUUUUUUUUUAGUUACUUCGAAAGAUCGAAAAUAAUUCGAGAUUAUUUCUUUCGUGAAUUGGGCAAUUUUACUGUUAUUUUAUUAAGCGAAAACCCAUAUUCAAUGUGUUUUCAGAAUUGAAUCUCAUUCACAGUUCACCAAGAUGUUUCGAAGCAAAUAUAUAUUUUUCUACAGUUA